AUGACGUUAACUGCCUUAGUAUCUCCUAAGAUAACUGUUGAUCUACCCACUGCAGCAGAGGAUGUUUCACAGUGGACUCAUCUGGAACAGGUUGAGUUAGCAGAUCCAACAUUCCAUGUCCCCAACAAAAUCGACAUACUCAUAAGUGCUGAAUACAGUCUGGAUAUAAUGUUAGAUGGUAAAAUACAAGGACCCAAAGGUACGCCUUCGUUACACAACUCUAUCUUUGGGUGGAUAGUAUAUGGAAAAUUAUCCAAACCUCACAAUGAACUAUCAAUGUUUAAGUCGGUCACGUGUUGUACUACUACAGUUGAAUCACUUGUGAACCGAUUUUGGGAACUGGAAGAGAUACCACGCCUUACAUUUAUGUCCAAAGAAGACCAACAGUGUGAAAAGCACUUCGUUGAAACACUUACUCGAGACAGCUCUAGCCGUUAUACCGUAAGACUUUCUUUUGUUAAAGAACCACCACUAGUGAACAAUUCUUACCAGCUCGCUGUUCAACGCUUGAAGAAAGUAGAGAGAAGGCUACAAACCAAACCUGCCUUACAUCAACUCUAUAAAGACUUUAUGAGUGACUAUAAAACAGCCAACCACAUGACAAUGGUUGAUUCCACUAGUCCACGUCCGAUCAUAUUCAUUCCACAUCAUCAAGUCUUAAACCCACCAAGCACCACUACAAAGCUUCGUGUUGUGUUCGAUCGUGCACUAUGGACACAGGAAACUCAUUGA